AUGUCCACUUCCCAAGAUAUCAACAAUUCCCAAUCACCUUCAACCCCUCGACUUUCAAUGGACGAUCCCCAGAACACCCAGAAAGCAGCUAAUGGAGACAUCAAGAAGGAUGAAAAUCUUGUUGUCAAGGACGACGUCAAGAAGCACACUGUCAAGGAAUCUAUCAAGGCCUUUCUGAAAAGGAAACAAGAUCAGAGAAAACUCCGAAAGAUUAAAAAUGUGCGCAAAAAACUUGUGAAAGCCGGUCAUGCUUAUGGGAAGGCUCUUGACACUAUGGACGCCAAUGAGACAAUUGAGUAUUUAGAAUCAGUUUGGGGUGAGAUUGGUCUUCUCGGAUGA